AUGACAAAACAGAAGCAAUACGUCUCCGACGUAAACGUAACCGUGUGUGGAUCCAGUAGGCCGUCGUCAACACAUGGAGAAGAUGAUUCGGUCUUUGAACUGAUUUCUGUUGAUCUCGUCACCCAAAUCUUGUCGAGACUUCCGGUGAAGUCUAUGGCUCAGUGUCGUUGCGUAUCAAAGCUCUGGUCGUCCAUAAUUCGCCGUCCAAAUUACAACCUCUUGUUCCCGAUCAAGUCUCCGGCUACACCGAGGUUCCUCUUCAUCGCUAGAGAUGGAAUAUACGGACCGAAUCUGUUCAUUUCCUCUUCACCUCAACCUGAAAAUCCAGAUGAGCAUUCAUCAUCUCUGGUAGCCACUCUUCACUCAAGGUCCGCCACAGAUUACUUUAAAAUAUGUCCCCCGGUCAAUGGUUUGGUCUGUCGUGAAUAUACUGAAAAGGAUCAUACAUUCGCGGUGAUUUCUAAUCCUCUCACAGGAGAGUACGUGAGAACACCUGAAGUGACAACAGAUGGGUAUCCGGUAAAGAAGAAAACAUAUUUUGGUUAUGAUCCGUUUGAAGAGCAGUUCAAGGUCAUGAUUAUAACUUGGUUGCCUUGUGUCGGCUUAUACGAGUACAAAGUUCUGACAUUAGGGGAACCUCAAAGAACAAAAAUUGAAAAGGAAGCGAGUCUCAAACUCUCAAUGCUGAAGUAGAAUUCUAAACAGUAACCAAACAAAAACCCAGAAGAGUAAGAGUGAAGUCAUCAGACAGGUUGAUAAAUGUUGGAAUUUUUUUGAA